UUGAGACCUCAGUGUUCCUGAUCCCUUUUCAAGGUCUGACUUCAUCACAGCUAUGAGAAACGCCUCGGUGGUGACUGAGUUUAUUCUGCUGGGCAUCCCGCACACAGAGGACCUGGAGACCAUGCUCUUUGUCCUGUUUCUGUCCUUCUACAUCUUCACCCUUACGGGGAACCUGCUCAUCUUACUGGCAAUUGUCUCCUCCACUCGGUUGCACACUCCCAUGUACUUCUUCCUGUGUAAACUGUCUGUGUGUGACAUGUUUUUCCCCUCUGUGAGUUCCCCCAAGAUGCUCUUCUACCUUGCAGGGAACAGCCGAGCCAUCUCCUACACAGGUUGUGUGUCCCAGCUCUUCUUCUACCACUUCCUGGGUUGUACCGAGUGUUUCCUGUACACGGUAAUGGCCUAUGACCGCUUUGUUGCCAUAUGUUACCCUCUGCGCUACACAAUAAUCAUGAGUCACAGAGCGUGUGCCAUCCUGGCCAUGGGCACCUCAUUUUUUGGCUGUAUUCAGGCCACCUUUCUAACUACGCUCACCUUCCAGUUGCCCUACUGUGGCCCCAAUGAAGUGGAUUAUUUCUUCUGUGAUAUCCCGGUCAUGCUGAAGCUGGCUUGUGCAGACACCUCAGCCCUGGAGAUGGUGGGGUUCAUCAGUGUGGGCCUCAUGCCCCUCAGCUGCUUCCUUCUCAUCCUCACCUCCUACAGCCGCAUAGUCUGCUCCAUCCUGCAGAUCCGCUCUGCAGACGGCCGAAAGCACGCCUUCUCCACCUGCAGCGCCCACCUCACUGCCAUCCUGCUUUUCUACAUGCCAGUGGUCCUCAUCUACCUACGGCCAACCCCAAGCCCCUGGAUGGAUGCAACUGUUCAGAUCCUGAAUAACCUGGUCACCCCCAUGCUCAACCCACUCAUCUACAGCCUCAGGAAUAAAGAGGUGAAGUCAUCUCUGAGGAAGGUCCUAUAUCAGCUGGACUUCCUCCCUGAGCAGAGGUAGAGAAAUCAGUAGCUACUAC